AGUAGCCCAGUUGGUUCAAGCCAUUGUUUGGCUCAAGUAACCUGCACUUCUGUUUUGGCGCAACACCAACACCAGCAAUCAUGGGGAUCUGCGCAAGUUGCGGGGAGAGGGAGAGAGCGGAUUCGGAGUUGAGCCCCAUCGAGCUCAUGGGCCGCCGCAAUAAGGGGAUGCAUUCCGAAGCCAGCACACUGUACGGCAGAGCUUUCAAGCCCCGCCCGAGCGACAUAUUUGUUUGCACGUACCCGAAAUGUGGAACCACUUGGGUUACACAGAUUUGCCAUCAGCUCCGUUCCCGUGGACACAUGGAGUUCGAUGAGAUUUUUGAAGUAUGUCCGUGGGACGUGCUAGCCAAGGAUUGCGGCGUCAACCUCGACGACGACCAGGUAGCGAACCCCCGGGUGUUCAAAUCCCACGAGAAGUACCCCGACGUGGCGAAGGGCGCCAAAUAUAUCCAUGUCUGCAGGGAUCCGGAAGACGCCUUCAUGUCAUUCUACAGGUUCCUCCCAGCUUGGGCCGCGAUCCCUCCAGAUGCGAUCAGUGAGGAGGAGUUUGCCAGAGCAGUCUUUGGGGGAGUCUCGCAUUCUGGCGGCAUAUGGGAUUUCUAUGUGGAGUGGUGGGAAAUGCGAAAUGAUCCUAAUGUGCUCUGGGUUUGCUACGAAGACCUCCGGGAAGACCUGGAGAAGCAAGUUCGCCGAAUCGCGUCCUUCAUGGAGGUGCCAAUGGACGACGACUUGCUACAGAUCACGCUCAAGAACAGCUCCUUCAACUUCAUGCAGGAGCGGUCGUCGCAGUUUGAUGAGCACGUGGUGUUCAGCAAGGUGCGGGACAGCAUGGGCAUACCAAAGGACUACGUCUUUGGGGACGUCGAGGUGAGCAAGGUUCGGAAGAGCGGCGGCACCACCGGGGAGGGAAAGAAGCUCUCGCCGGCCAUCUCCCAGAUGCUCGGCAAGCGAUGGGAGAACACUGUGAAGGCAAAGAUUGGUUUCGAGGAUUAUGCUGCAUUGCGCGCGGCGGUCAGUGGGCUUAAGUGAGCGACCAAGUUUUGAGACGCGUUGAGGUGGCGUGCCUAACAGAUUUCGCCAGUCUGGGUGCAGCUACCUUGAACGAGGCGUGUGUCUUCACUCGGCCCACCACUCUUCCUCUUACACGUCCUCAUCAUCGUCGCCGCCCACUCCUUUUCCUGCCCUUCCUCUUUCAGGAUGGAAAAAACACAC